GUUACCGACAGUCUUGGCCAUGGUCGCGUGGGCUGUUCUCCUGCUGGCUGUAGUGGCUGCGACGCUGCUCCACCUACUCUAUAACUAUUCCCGCCUAAAGUCCGUUUCGGGGCCCAUCCUCGCUGCAUUCACAGAUGCCUGGAGGGCAAAUGCACAGCGGUCAUCAUCAUCUUCUGAAUACGGCCGACUUCUGAAAGAGUUACAUCGCAAGUAUGGGGUUGCUGUGCGUCUGGGGCCGGGGUUCGUGAGUUUAAGCGAAGUGGGGGAUAUUACAAGAGUUUAUCAUACUCUGCUCCAGGACGAGUAUGAGAGCGCCGCUGAUACUGCCAUGCGCAACCUUGUCCACACAGUACGCCGAUGUAGGACAGUGGACAUGACGACUUUACUGCAUUUCUUUGCGGAUGAAGUGAACACCCGAUUGUUCUGGAGCGCCUGCGCUCCCUCUGCCGCUUCCAGCGCCUCUAGCCGAACCCAUCGAAUCCAACCUAGCUUUUCAUUCUUUGCAACAAUAGAAGAAUUGGUCCUACGUGGCCCUGUUGCCCUUCUUAAGAGAGAGCGGCUGUCCUGUUAUUGCCUUUCAGGCGACGUAUCAGCAAAGAUAUACGGGAAUGAGCUUGUGCUACCUACCGGCCCCAGCGCUACCCGCAAACUUGCCAUUAGUGCACCCGACGGCCUCAUCCUCGCUGCGAGCAUUCAGAUUAUAACGAAGGCUUUUGUCUCUGUGUUCUUCUUCCUUCUGAACAAUCCUUUGAUUAUGCGCAGACUCCGACAGGAGAUCGAGAGUAUUCCCCGGUUCCGUAAUCGAACUAAACUGCCCUCCUCGAGGGACCUUGGUGGCCUAUACUAUCUUGAUGCUGUUUUCAAGGAAACAAUGAGACUUGUCAUACUUCAGAGCCAGCCAAUGGAGGUCCGAGUCACAUUUGAAUCUCUAUACAUAUCAUCCAAGCAUGUCCCGCGUGGGACAGUGCUUUCAUGGCAUCCUCACGUUGUACUAACAAACGACGCCAUAUAUGAGAACAACCUUUAUGUGUUCCGGCCAGAACGAUGGCUUACUCCGAACCGACAGCGGCAGACCUUGAUGGAGGCCUCUCUCUUACCAUUUAUGGUUUGUCGAAUUCAUUACCCAAAGCUGGAAGCUGCUUGGCUGUUGUUGAAAAAGACGGUCGUGGUGCUACUGAGGGAAUUCUGUGAUAUCAAUCUAACCCAGACUGAGGGUCAGACUGUUGCGGAUGGGAUGGAGCUUCCCCCCUGGUCUAUGGUAGUGGAUUUUAUACCGAGGCCUGCAACAGCGGAGGAAUAUGUUGGGCAACUUCUUUAG